AUGGCAGAAACAGAUCUAGAAAAUCACCUUCGUAAUCUAUUAAAAGGAAGCAAAUACCUUGUGGUGGUUGAUGAUGUGUGGCAGAAAGAAGCAUGGGAGAGUUUGAAAAGAGCAUUCCCAGAUAGCAAGAAUGGCAGCAGAGUUAUUAUUACCACACGCAAAGAGGAUGUCGCUGAAAGAGCAGACAACAGAGGUUUUGUCCAUAAACUUCGUUUCCUAAGCCAAGAAGAAAGUUGGGAUCUCUUUUGUAGGAAACUACUUGAUGUUCGAGCAAUGGUUCCAGCAAUGGAAAGUCUAGCUAAGGAUAUGGUGGAAAAGUGUAGAGGCUUACCUCUUGCAAUUGUUGUAUUGAGCGGACUACUUUCGCAUAAAAAGGGACUAAACGAAUGGCAAAAGGUGAAAGACUGCCUUUGGAAGAACAUUAUUGAAGAUAAAUCUAUCGAAAUCUCCAGCAUACUAUCAUUAAGCUUCAACGAUUUGUCAGCUGCGCUCAAGCAGUGUUUUCUGUACAUUGGUAUUUUUCCAGAAGAUGAAGUGAUCGAUGCUGAAAACAUAAUACGUUUGUGGAUGGCAGAGGGUUUCAUCAUACCCAGAAGAGAAGAAAGAAUGGAGGAUGUCACUGAAGGCUUCUUGAAUGAGCUGAUAAGACGAAGCUUGAUACAAGUGGAAGAUACAUUUUGGGAAAAAGUUACUGAAUUUAGGGUUCAUGAUUUACUCCGUGAUCUUGCCAUACAAAAGGCGUCCGGCACAAACCUCUUUGACAUUUAUCAUCCAAGAAAGCACUCCAAAUCCUCUUCAUGUAUCAGACUUGCUAUUCAUAGUCAAGGAGAAAGGUAUCACUCACUUGAUCUUUCUAAUUUGAAGUUGAGGUCAAUUAUGUUCUUUGAUCGAGAUUUUCCUAAUGUGUUCCAACAUAUAGAUGUGUUUCGACAUAUAUAUGUGUUGUACUUGCACAUUAAUUAUGGUGGUGUUAUACCUGAUGCCAUAGGGAGUUUGUACCAUCUCAAGUUCUUAAGCUUGAGAGGUAUCAAUGACCUUCCGUCUUCCAUUGGCAACCUCAAGAAUCUACAGACACUUGUUGUCAGUGAGGACAGAUACACUUGCCAACUACCCCGCGAGACAGCUGACCUAAUAAAUCUAAGACAUUUAGUUGCUCCAUAUUCAGAGCCUCUAAAAUGUAUAAACAAACUCACGAGUCUUCAAGUUCUUAAAGGCUUUCGUUGUGAUCAGUGGAAAGAUGUUGAACCUGUUGAUUUAGUCAAUCUUCGAGAAUUAAGCAUGGAUCGUAUUAGGAACUCUUACUCCUUAAACAACAUUAGCAGCUUGAAAAACCUUAGCACUAUCAGAUUGCUUUGUGAAGCUCCAGAAAUUGUGGUUAAGAGGGAGAAUAGAGAAACUGCCUCAUCUGUUUCCAAAUCCAUCACAAUGUUGCUUCUUUGGGACUCAGUACUGACAGAGGAUCCGAUGCCUAUUUUGGGAAUGUUACCAAACCUAAGGAAUCUCCAAUUGAUUUGGGCUUACAAAGGAAAAGAAAUAAUGUGCAGUGAUAACAGCUUCAGUCAACUCGAGUUCCUUCGUCUUUAUAUUCUUGUGGACCUAGAAACAUGGCAUUUAGGCACAAAUGCUAUGCCUCUCAUUAAAGAUCUUGUUAUCGAACGUUGUCCAAAGCUGAAGGAGAUUCCAGAGAGAAUGAAAGACGUGAAGCGUACUUGA